AUCAUCACUAGCAGGCUACAUGUAGCUUAGCAGGCUAGCUGAGCUAACUGAGCCAUGGUGCAUCACCACUCUCAUCAUCAGCACCUCGUUUCUAACGUAAACACUCUGUGGAUGACGGAAUGAGCUGGCUACACAGCAACAGCAGACUGGGGACUGUUUGGAUUUCAACUGGGAUCACAAUGGUGCAGCACAGCGAGUGAGGGGCUUGCGUCACUGAUGCCAGGUGCAGGCUGUAGCUGAGAGCACUCAGGAUGAGUGCGGCUGUGGAGCACACUGACAUCCUGUCAGUGGCAGACGUGGUCAGAGACAGAUGGAAAGUGGCGAGGAAGAUCGGUGGAGGAGGGUUUGGGGAGAUCUACGAGGUUCUGGAUCAGCUGAGUCAGGCCACUGUUGCCUUAAAGGUGGAGUCUGCUCAACAACCCAAACAGGUGCUGAAGAUGGAGGUGGCGGUGCUGAAGAAGCUCCAGGGUAAAGACCACGUGUGUCGCUUUGUGGGCUGCGGCCGAAACGAUCGUUUCAACUACGUGGUGAUGGAACUGCAGGGGAGGAAUCUGGCCGAUUUGCGCAGAACCAUGGCCCGCGGCACCUUCUCCGUCUCCACCACUCUGAGACUUGGCAAGCAGAUUUUAGAGUCCAUCGAGAGCAUCCACUCUGUGGGCUUCCUGCACCGAGACAUUAAACCCUCUAACUUUGCGAUGGGAAGACUCGCCAGUACCUGCAGAUGCUGCUAUAUGCUUGAUUUCGGUUUGGCCCGUCAGUUCACCAACUCCAGCCAGGAAGUCCGUCCACCUCGUCCUGUGGCCGGCUUCAGAGGAACUGUGCGAUAUGCUUCAAUCAAUGCUCAUAAGAAUAAGGAAAUGGGUCGUCAUGACGACCUGUGGUCCCUCUUCUACAUGCUGGUUGAAUUCAUGGUUGGUCAGCUGCCCUGGAGGAAAAUCAAAGACAAAGAACAAGUAGGAAACCUAAAGGAGACGUAUGACCACCGACUAAUGCUGAAGCACCUUCCCUCAGAGUUCCCUGCUUUCCUGGAUCACAUCUUGACCUUGGACUACUUCACGAAGCCGGACUAUCAGCUCCUGAUGUCAGUGUUUGAGAGUGCUAUGAAGAACCACAACGUGCUGGAGAACGACGCGUAUGACUGGGAGAAAUGUGACUCGGAGGAUAUGCUGACCAUCAAUGCCGCAACAACCACCGCUCAGCAGCUCACUCGCCUCACACCGGCCUACUUGGGCAUGGCCAACGCUUCGGUGCUGCCAGGCGAGCUGCAGAGGGAGAACACCGAGGAUGUCCUGCAAGGGGAGCGCCUCAGCGACGCUGACAACUGCCCCCCCAUCCCCACGCCGACCACCCCUGGUGCAGACGUGUGGGAAGAGAUGGAUCGCAACCGCAACCUUAAACAUGUCCAGCCGAUGAUCAGGAAGGUGGUGAGUGAGGAUGAACACAGUCAGAACCAGGGGAACCAGAGCCCCAACACCGGCUCCAUGCAGAGUUCUCCCAGACGGGUGCGAUCGGAGACCAUGUUCCUGGAGCGGGCGGCACCGCUGCUCCGGAGGAUGAGACACAGUCAGAGCCUGGCGUUUGAAAAGAGACUCGCACCUGAACCCAAGCCCACCAUCGAACGCUUCCUCGAGGCCUAUUUGGGUAAACAGCGCCCUGUCCUCUCUCAAGUUGGGGAGAAGUCCAUUCCUGAGCGGGGACAGACGUCCUGCAACGAGGAACACUCCGGCGCAGCGACCCCCGACCAAGAGGAAGGCGCGGCGAGCAGCGGCUUCGUGGCCGUGAACCUCAGUCCCGUCCCCCAGGAGGGAGACUCUCAGGAGUGGGUGAUGCUGGAGCUCGAGCAAGGCAGCGGGUCCGGAGCCACCAAGCCUCCGGGUGAGGCCCCGCGCGAGGACAAGUCCGGGACGCACACGCCCGCCGAGACCGAGAACCAGUCCUCCGAGCCGCAGGACGGCCAGUCCUCGGUGGUGCCCAGCAGUCCCGUUCUGUCGCAGAUGUCCAUGCCCGGCACGUGGUUGCUGGGCCACAGGAGGCUGCCAGGCAUGCUGGGACAAAUGCCCUCCGUCAUCAUGGGAAGACCUCAGAUGGACCAGUCCUCUAGCUGUGCGCUACCGUCCCCUGUUCAGGAGAAGAGCGAUGCGAUACCACUAGAGGCGCCAUCUGUUAAAUCUGUAACUCUCCCAGAGGAAAUCCUAAAAGAUGGAGGGAGGUUGGAGUUAGCUCCAGUGCCAAGCUCAGCUAAAGGCCCCGCUGCUCACCUGACCAACGACAGAGACCCGGAGAGCGAUUCUGGUCUGCCCGAUCGCUCCUCAGAGCCCAAUCAGCAGCCUCAAGCCGACACGGCAGGAGGCGCUCUGGAGAGCACCGUCACCGUGUCCUCGUCUCCGCCGCCGGCUCUGCUCCGGAGAAGAGACUCCCCCUCGUCCCCGAGACUGAGUCGGAUCCCGCGACGAGAACCGGGCAACCCCCUGGACUCUCCGAUCAGGGACCUCAACCUGGAGAGGCGUCAUCGCUGGAGCAGCCCAGUCCCCGGCUCCCCGACACACUCCCCCUCUCCGUCGCUGUCCUGCGACAACUUGCCUUGUGCUCUGCUGAGAGACCGGGCCUUCUCGGAGCGAGGAUCCAGGUCCGACUGUGUGGGAGAAGACCCGCUCUCUCUGUCCUCCUCGUCGGGUAGUAAAAGUAAGAUCCCACGUCCUGUGAGCGCCACCUUCAUACCCGAACAACUCACUAGCAGGUUUCUGCCUCGACCACCUCCCGGGAAGCCACCCAUCCGCCCGUGUGUGGACAACAGGCGACGGCGGUUGAGAGUGCGCGCCAGCAGCACCAGCGACGCAGACUUCCUUGCCAGUCUGACCCAGCUGAUGCAGGACCGGAGCGGGAUGCUCUUCAGCCCUCCCCCCCGCCCUCGCAGCUCCUCCUCCUCCCUGCAGCGCUCGCUAAGCUCCUCCCCCUCCCGCCAGGAGCUCCGGGAUGGCGGGGUGCUGCAGGCACGCAGCCGCUCCCCGUCCAGCUUCUCCGGCUCGCCUCCCCCUCGCCACGCCCACCCGCACGACCGCUCCGGAGGGCAGCCUCUGUGGGUUCUUGGCUCCAGGGGACGGGGUCUGUUCCACGACGGCAAAGGCUCCGGCAAAGUGAGUCGAUGACUGUAACCGACGCACAGAAGUGACUGAUCCGGGACGGUAGCGAGAGGCUGUUUUCACAUCCAGUCGCUGAUAGCAUGUGUAAAUACGGUAUUUACUCAAGGGAAUGUACUGUAUGAAAUGUAAAAUGUAUAAAUUGUAUUUAUUUAUUUAUUCAUUUGUUGGAUGUGUCUCUCAAAAAUACUUGACGAUGUGGCUUUGAAACCUGCAGUUGAAACAAAAAGGUUGAGAAAAACCUGAAGAUUGCCAACUCUUACCUCUCAUUUCACUCUUAACUCUCCAUAUAGGCCUGAUGCGAGACCAAAAAGAUCAUGUUUAAUACUCGAGGGAUGUAAAAAUGACGCUAACUGUAGAUAUGUACCAUGAAGAAAAUAAUAGCAGACACUAAUAGAAACCAUGUAUUCACGUUAAGAAGAGUAAAUAACACCACGCAGCAGUAUCGGCAUUCAUGUACAGAACCAGGGCAUGCCGCCCCACGUUGACCUCACUCCUGUAAAAACAACCGCUAGAUUAAUUAUUCUAUGUGACGAUGAAUUCGGCAUAUCACGGUGUAGUAGUGUGCUUUUACUUUGCUAGAAAAUAUCUGUCAUGCAAAACAAGGCAUCCGCAUAAUUAGAAUGUACCUGUAAGUGCACUCAUACUUCAGUAUUGUAAAAGUGCAUGAGGAUCAUUGCAUUUUGUUUUUUUAUUUUAUUCAUUUGUACAAUCCGCUUCAACAUCUGUAUUUUUAUUGCUUCUAAUCAAAGUGCAUCAUAAAUGUAGACCAGCAACGAUGUGCAAUUUUAUUUCUUACAUCAAGUUGAUGGGAAAAGGAAGAUAAAAAUGGAACCUGUUCAUCAUG